CCUAGACAACAACACACAACAAGAGCGUCCGCACAGAGAGCAGAUGUCAGAAACCAAGACCAACAAAAGUAAAGUCAUCUUUGAGAAUGAGCAGGAAAGUAUCUCUUGGUUGAAAGAAGAACAAAACCUCACUAGUGGGAGCAGAGAAGACAAAUGCAAAGAGAAGUUGUCUCAGCAGCACAAACCACCACAGAGUCCAGAUACAGGAGAUGAGUCCUUCCAGGACAGCAACCACGAGAAGAAUAUGCGGCUUGUCACCUAUUCUUCAAAUGAAGAGUGCAGCAAAAUCCUUUCCUACAAGGAAGCAAAGCAGAACGCAGCUCACCAAACAGAGAAUGAAGGUGAAUGCGCCUCACUCAUCCUGGCGUGUUUGUUCUGCCACUUCUGCGACUUCCUGCUCAUGUUACCUAAUGCGUGCGAGAGUAUGGUGAUCGCCAUGUGCUGCCCGUCUCACCGGUAUUACCACACCUCUGAUGAGGAGCACUCAAAUAAUGACUGCAAUUGCAACUGUGACUGCGGUUUAUUCGACGUGUGCCAAGAGACAGGCGAUUGCCUAGAACUCGCCAUGGAGAUUUCGGAAGUUUGCUUUCACUGAAAUGAAGUGACUCACUCUCAUCAAUUUGCUACAAAUGCCCUUGUUUCAAAAAAGAAGAGAUUUUGCUUUUGCCACAAAAAUUUCCAAUUCUGGUUUGCAGGGUGCAAUGUAUUACAGUUCGGGUUCCAACCGAACAAGAUUAUGAGUACCGGUCAUUCUGCAAAGCACCCAUCUGUACUUAUAACCCCUAAUAUAAUUCUAUUCCGUUAUUUAGGAUUCCUCUGCCUCUUUCUUUGUUAGACACUUUUUUGGUCCUGAUUCUGAGCCGCAGGCAAAGCCGAUGUUCACUUAGUUGAGUAAUUAUUUACGGUUGCGCAUGUACGGAGUUCUGAAAGCUCCUAUGGCGCACACGUUGCACAUAAUAGGGCUGAUUCAGGUCGCAUCGCAAUCGUGAUGCAACCGCAAUUUGUGAGAUUGGUGCACUUUGCGCACAUGCAGGUCCGAUCCUGCGCACGCACGUGCAGUUAAUGCAGUUGGUCCGAAUUUAUUACAAACGCCUCUGCUUGAUU